AACUAACUGCUGUAGUCAACCAAGCAGCAAGCGCAAUGGCACUACGGGGCGAACUUUUAAAGUCAAUAUGGCAUGCUUUCACAGCUUUGGACGUGGACAAAAGCGGGAAAGUGUCCAAGUCGCAGUUAAAGGUGCUCUCUCAUAACUUGUGCACUGUGAUGAGGAUCCCCCAUGACCCGGUCGCCCUUGAGGAGCACUUCAAAGAUGACGACGAAGGCCCCGUCUCUACACAGGGCUACAUGCCCUACUUGAACAAGUUCAUUUUGGACAAGGUCCAGGACAACUUUAAUCGGCAGGACUUUAACAGAAUGUGCUGGACCCUGUGUGCCCGGAAGAACCUCAACAGAACCCACCUCCUCAUCUCGGAUGAAGACGCCUUCAAGAUCUGGUGCAUCUUCAACUUCCUGUCCGAAGACAAAUACCCACUGGCCAUGGUCACUGAGGAGAUCGAGUACUUCCUGCGCAAGCUGACGGAGGCCAUGGGUGGCAGCUGGGUGGAGGAGCGCUUCGAGGACUACAAACUUGAGCUGAGCGCCAAGCAGCAGUGCCUGAGUGCCUGGGAGCUCAUCACCCUGGUGGGCACUGGCACCUUCAGCAAAGGCAUGGACCGCCAGACCCUCUCCAUGGGCAUCACCGAGGUCUUCCACGAGCUCAUCCUUGACGUAUUCAAACAGGGCUACAUGAUGAAAAAGGGCCACAAGAGGAAAAACUGGACAGAGCGCUGGUUCCUCCUGAGGCCCAACUCCAUAUCCUACUAUGUGAGCGAGGACCUGGCAGAGAAGAAGGGUGACAUCCUGCUGGAUGGAAACUGCUGUGUGGAGUCAUUACCGGAUAAGGAAGGAAAGAAGUGUCUGUUCUACAUCAAAUGCUUCGACAAAAGCUAUGAGGUCAGCGCGUCGGAUAAGAAGAGGAAACAGGAAUGGAUUCAGGCCAUCCAGACGUGUAUCAGUCUGCUGAAGCUGGGCCAGCCGGCACCGCACCGCGAGUCCCGCCAGAAGCGGCGGGAGCUGAGGCAGAAACAGCAAGCGGAGCAGGAGGAGCUGGAGCUCAGGAUGAGAGAGCUGCAGACGGCCAAUGAGAACAAGCAGCAUGAACUGGAGGCCAUGAGGAAGAAACUGGAGGAGGCGGCGGCCAACGCGGCAGAGGAGGAGAAGAGACUCCUGCAGACGCAGACUGAACAACAGGAUCGCUACAGGAUGGACCUGGAGAGGGAGAAAAUGGUGCGACAGGAGAUGGAGGAGCAGGUAGCUCAGAAGUCCAGUGAGCUGGAGCAGUACCUGCAGCGCGUCCGGGAGCUGGAGGACAUGUACCACCUCCUGGAGGAUGCCCUGGAGGAUGAGAGAGGCGCCAGGCAGGACGAAGAGACGGUUCGCAGGCUCCAGGCCCGGUUACUAGAGGAGGAGGCUGCCAAGCGGGCUGAGCUGGAGCAGAUCCACCUUCACCAGCAGAGGGCUAUCUCUGAGACGGAGGCGGAGAAACAGGAGCUGGAGAAGGAGAGACUGGCCAAGGAAAGUGCCCUGCAGGCCGCCAUGCUGCAGCUGGAGCAGCUGGAGCGGGAGAGGCAGGGGGCACUGCAGCAGUACCAGGACGUAAUGAAGAAACUGGAGGAUGCAGCGAAUAACACCAGGACCUGGAAACAUAAAGUGGCCCACCAUGAGGGAUUAGUCCGCCUCAUUCAACCAGGUUCAAAGGGGCCUCAGAAGAUCACUAACUGGGGCCCAGCAGCCUUCACUGAGGCAGAACUAAGCCUGAGGGAGAAAGAUUGGCAGGAGAAGAAGAACCGACCCGCCCAGACCCAGUAGAGCCCCCAUUCCCACAUUCAACACACUCAUGGUUGCUAAAACAUUGAUGGAACAUUGAUGCAACUUUGCCCUCAGUGUGCAAUGUUGCGUCUUCAGCAUUCAUUAACUCAAAAGGGAACAGGGAAGGCAGGCUCGCUUUUACACAGAUACCAGGGUUGUGUUCAUUAGGCAGCAAAUGGAAGACAAUGAACUUAAACAGCGAGGGCCUACAUGGACUUGUUGUCCACAUGGACUUGUUGUCCGAUAGGAAAGGCUUCUUUUUCCGUUGCAAAGCGAUUUGAAACGUUUUCUGUUGUGUGCCCUAAUGAACACGACCCAGUUCACAGCAUGUGCUGCACAGGUCUUUAUACUACCUGGAUUUCCUGACAGGAAAAUGAGCAGCAAAUUGUUUUCAUAUGAAGGACUAAAGGAGCUGCGCACUUGAUUCAAUGUCUGCGAGGAUGGUGGAGUGUGGUCCGAAACGUUAGAUUCCUUUAUCAAAACGUUUUUGAGCGUUUCAAAUCUUUUUUUUCUAAGGGAUUUCACAAGUGUGUCUUUUGUAAAUUUAAAACUACAGCUUGCAUCGUUUUAAUCAGUUCUUGGGUUAGCGUUUUUGGUUCCAUUGCCAAAGUGAUAGCACUUAAUAGCCCAUAAAGUAGUAUGAACAAAACUCCAUGUUAACAUCAUCAAAUUACAUUACUCAUGAAAAUAAUCAUCAAAUAACUGGAGCUUGGCUCACUAACUAGCCACCAUACUGUUCUACUCCCAUUAUUAAAUGUAAUUUUUGCAUACACAUAUUGUGAUAAAUAAGACAUUUGCAAUGCUACACUGUAACGAAAAACUGUAUGUAAUUGGGGGUAUUAUCAACAUUAAAAUACCCGUAAACAUUUUACUGCAACAUACUGUACAUUAUGGUGCAUUGUGGGAAAAUGUUAUGGGCCAGGAAAUAAGUGCUGUAUUUCGAAAGGUACUGUAAUUUCACCACACAGAAUACAGUACUGUAUCUUUGGCACGCAAAAAACCUUUUGACCACUAGUGGGUGCAUGGUUUUGUUGUUUCUGGCUCAUUAACAUAUUUCGAGGCAUGCCUUGUUAGAGGCUAUAUUUGUUGCACCUGUGAGUAUGAACUCCUAUGUGGUUAUAGUGCCCCAAAAAUAGAGCUCCCCAGGUUGUAGUCCUAAAAUCCGAAAAUGAGUUACUGCCAUCCCUAUGGGGGAAAUGAAUGGGGUUUUGGGAUAAAUGCCCCAAAUAAGGUCUGACGUUAACACAGGCUUAGGAGAUCUUAUAUGUUUUAUUCUAUGAGAUAAUAUCAGUCAGUUAACAUAGGCUUCAUAAUUCAUAAAAGUUAUGUGCUUUCAUGCUUAUUUUGAUUACAUAAAUGCUUCAAAAUUCACAGUGACGUUACCUGAUUAAGAAUAUCUCAUAGAACAAAAUGUGUAAGGUCAUAAGCCUGUGUUUACCACAGACUUUAUUUUCAGCGUUUAUCCAAAACCCCUACAAAAACCUGAUUCCUUUCCCCAUAUGCUUUGGCCAAGGAGCCAUGGAGGAGUUGGUGCCUACAAAAAGACACCAUUACUAUUGCUCUCUAUUUAAAUACUAUAGGCGACAGAUUGGAGUGGCACAAAAAUGGUUAAGCAUUGUAUUUUAAUGUGCCUUUUGGUCUGUUUUGCCCUGUAGUUGCUGUCAGUUUAAAAGCCUUCGUUGGCCCCUAGAAGUGUGCGUGAUAUAAAAGUUAGUGCCUACAAUAAUUUUAUGCAAUUGUUGCAAGGAUGCACGUGUAAGUAGAGAACUGAUUGUUGAUAUAUAAUUUAACAAUAUUAAUAAUAGAACAUAAUAGACAUAAGACCACAGUCUCUGUAACUGAUAUGAUGCUGACAAAGGGAAUGGUAUGGUAGUUUCAAAUUAUGUACUCCAGGGGGCACUAUAGUUUCAGAAAACGCAGGCUUUGCGUCAUUGGUCAUCUACAACACAGUUUACUUUAAUUUAUGUAAUGGAUAAUACAACAUGUUAUGCUGUCGUGUGUGUGUUUUGGGGGCCAUAUUUCCAUUACUUCACUGCACAAACCCUCCACUUUCUAAAAUAAAAUAUAAUCUUGUCUUCUCCUGACUACACUGAGAUGCAAACCAA